AUGGGGAAUAGAAAAUCAUAACCAAUUGAAUAAUAAGAAGCUUAUCAAAAAUACUGGAGUAAAAUUUAGCAAGUUGGUCUAAAAAACUUGUAAUAAUAGGAACAAAUCAAGAAGGAACAACUUGAUAUGAUGAAAGUAGAAACAAAGGAAAAGCUAAUCUAAAUUACAUAAUAAGAUUAAUAAAUCCAAACAUUUGAUAAAGGAUAACAUACAAAAUAAUAAUUAAGUUUUUCACACUAACAAGUCAAUUUAAAGAUUCAAGUAUCAUUAAAAAAGCCAAAAUUAAUUGAUGUAACAACUUAAGUAGAUCUCAGUUAAAAGGAGGAGAUAAAUUAAGAAUGUAAAGCUGUAUUAAUGUCAAAUGUAUCUUCGAUUAAUAAUAAAUGUUUAAUAUAAAAUAAUUAAUAAAAAAUUUAAUUAUAAUAAGUUUAGCAAGACUCUUAAUAAAAAGAUUAGCAUAUUGGAUUAUAAUAGGGUUAAAACAUUAUUGAAUUUGAUAUCGAUUAAUAGGUUUAAUAAAAUACAUAAUUGUCGGAUGAAUAGCAAAUAUUGUAAGAAGUUUAAUAAUAAAGUUCAUAAAAUAUGUAAUAAGAAAUAGAGUAAUAAAUAACAUAAAAUAAUAGUAAUGAAUUCGACACAAAUGUUAAUGAAGAAGCUAUUUUGAAAAGGUGUUUUAUGAUCAACACGAAAGAGUUGAAAAUUAACAACCUCUAUGCAAAAUUUUUAGAAUAAUUUUAAACUGUUACUAGUGAUAUCAUUUUAUCUGAGAUAAUAUACGGUGUCAUAUCUUCAGAAUAAUACAUUUAAUCUUAGAAAGUGACUUGGCUUGUCAAAAUUGUAAUAAAUUUAUCAGAAUGUCAAGUUUUUGAGGAUAAUGUUAUCUUUAAUGAAGGUUCAAUAUCGAAACUCGUUUGGACAAAAUUAAUAAAUGCUGUUCUUGAGAAACUUGUAUGCGCUGUAGCGAAACCGGAAAAAUUAGAAUGGCUUGGAAGUAGAGAGGAUGUAAACAAUUAUACAAAUUUAGAAAAUACAAAUGCAUCUUAAGUUUAUGAUAUGUUGUUUGGAUAAUAGAUAUCCAAAAAUUUUGAAUCAUCAUUUGAAAACUUAGAUCAUCCAGCUAUUAAUUAAUUGCUAACUUACCUUGAUACCAAAUCUCAACAGAAAGAUGCUUAAAGAUUUUUGGAUUUAAUUACUAAAAGAGAACUCAGCAAAUGUUAAUAAGUAAAUUUAUCUGAUUGUGUAAAUCAAUAGAGAGCUUUGCGAUUAUUAGAUAAAUUAUCAUUUUAUCCAAGAAUUACAGAACUUUUAUUAGAAGAUAGUUGGGCUUAUGGAAAAUUCCAAUAAUACAAAAAUGGCAGGGAUCUACAGAAAUACUCAAUGUUUGGUUCAAUUUUAUGUUUGAGCACAUUUCCAAGAGAUUUUCCAGAAGUCAAUCAAAUUUUCUGUUCAGAUUAAGGCUUACCAAUUCUUAUAGAAUGCUAUAGAAGACCCAUUUAUGAAAUAAUCAAUUAAAUGGCUGAUAUCUUCCUAAGAAUUAUCAGAAGAGGAAAAAAAUAAUAACUAGAAUUAUUUACUUACUUGGUUAAAUUAAUUGAAAUCAAUUUAGACAUUGAAAAAGUGACUGAAAAAGAAAAAUUUGAUAGUUGUUGUUAUUAGGGCAUGAUGUUUAAUUUAUAACAAGUAUUAUUGGAGAUCUUUAAUCCUUUUAUUUAUAAUACUAAUUAAGCAAAUGCUAAAAUAUCUAAAAUUAACAAAGAUCUUCUAGCUUAAAUUAAGAAUUAGCCACUCUUAGCUAAAAUUUAUUCAAAUGUCAAAUAAAUGGCCCCAUUAAAAACUGAACUGAUUCAAUUAGAUAAAACUCCUGAAAUUGAUCCUAUGACAUUUCUAUACUUGCUAAUUUAAAAAAUUAAUUCUCUCCAACAGCAUAUGAUAAUUGAUUAUGUCAUAUCAUAUGUAAUCUUGUAGUAUGAUAAAAGAUAUUUUGGAUCAUCUUCAAAAUUAACUUAAUAAAGCGAAAUAGACAAAGCUAAAUAUGAUGUAUUAUUGCUAAAUCCUAGAAGCGUGUAGAAUACAAUUCAGUUUUUAUCCUUUCAAAGCAAGGUGGCUUCGAGUUUACUUGAUGAAAAUUAUAAACCAAAAUAUCCUUAUGGAUUAUUAUCUAAUUAAUUCAUGAAUGAUAUUUUCCAUUACUGUUUCAUUUACAAUUCUAAUAACAUGGCUUUAGAUUACUUAGAUGAAAUAAUUUCGAUAUGUGAAUUCACAAUUAUUACAAUGAAGUAUCAAGAAUUAAUAGAAGACACCCACUUGAGAGUUUUGGGAAUGGACUUAUUUUAUAUUUUCAAUGAUUAUGUUAUUUAGCAGUAGCACGGUAAAACAUCAGAUAAGGCAUUUAAGAUAUUUUCAGAAAAUAAAGUCAUUAAAGAAUUUCUUAUUGAGGGUCUUAUUAAAGCAUACGUCGAUCAAGAUAGAGUUAAAGUCACUAAUAUCAUUCCAGCUUUUAGAUUUAAAUAAGCAGUUUCUCAAUUAUUUUCUUAUAUAUUGACAACCCACAGCAAUAUAUAUAACAAGAAAUUUGUAGACUAUGUCUAAUCUAAUUCUGAUACCUAUUCAAAUUUUGCUUUAGUUUAUAUUAAUGAUAUAAAGGAAUUGCUUGACUAAUGUCUCACUACAACCUAAAAACUAAAGUAAGAGGAAGAUAGCGCAUAAACUGUCCACAUUCGUAACCUGACUCUGUAGGAACGUAAGGAAAAAUUUCUGAAAUAACUACUUCUAGAAAUUGCAGAAAAGAAAUGUCUUGGAGGUUGGAAGGGUUUUGAAGAAUUAUUUAAAAACAUCGUUCUGUUUACUAAGAUUGAGCCAAAAGCAUUCCUUAUAGAAGUAUCGCGAUAAACCUUUACAGAAAACCUAAAUUAUGUUGUAGUAAAGCUUAACGGUCCAGAAAACAAUAACUGUUUAACCUCGAAAUUUUUUACUAAAUAUGAUGUAAAGAUUGAGCCGAGACAUUUAUCAAGCUACAUAGUUGAUAUAUUUAUAAAUAUCAAAAAUCAAUAAGAGUUUUUGGAUGAACUAGCUAUGAAUAAUUCGUAAGAUAAUUUAUUGAUUAUUUUAGUACUUUUUAACUUGAGAUUUUACAUCAGUUGGUGAAUUAAAUGGGCUAUUUAAAAUUGAAAACUCAAUAUUAACUCUAAGAAUUCUUAUAAAUUAUAAAUAGUCUAUAGUAAUUGAAGAUCGAUUAUGAUCAACUUUUCAGAGAACUUUAAUAGGAUCCCAAUAGAUAAAGAAGAUAUAUUGACAGUCUGACUCAAAAUUUAAUGACUGAUCCAGUAAUGUUACCAAAUUCUAAAGUAUCAUUAUUAUAGAUAAAUUUAGUAAAUAGUAGAUAGAGUGACAAUUAAACGACUCCUAUUGUAAAAAAAAGAAGAUCCUUUUGAUAGAUCCUUUCUUAGCGUAGAGAUGCUUAUAGAGCAGAAAGAAUUAAAAUAAGAAAUCAAAUCUUUUAUAACUGUUAAAAUAUAAGAAUUAAGAUCAAUUAGACCAGGUUCUAAAUAGUAUCUCAAAUGA